AUGAACAAUUGGCAACACUCUUUUACUCAUUCGCUGGACCUUAUAGAGCACUUGAAAAAGCCCUAUUUCAGAUAUGACAAUAGAGAGAAGGAAGCUACGAAGACAAGUUUUGAUGCCCGGGCAAAUCUGAUAUGGGUUGGUGACAGCUACGGUCGCGUUUCCUCUUACGAUCCCAAUUUCUCUCUAUAUACUCGUUUUACUGCGCAUAUUGGUGGAUCAGCGGUCAACGAUAUAUUGAGUCAUAGAGAAGGUAUCCUGACCAUAGGUGACGACUCACUGCAUUUUUCAAACCGCAGAGGGAUUACUUUGUUAAAUAUGACCAGUGUUGAUGUAGCUGCCUUCGAUUCGCUUAGCGCGAUGUGUCUGGGAUCUGUAGAACAGCAGGACAAAGUAUACUGCGCUGGAGGGAAUCCUGCAUCUGGGAUAGUAUGUGUUGAUUUGAACAGAGGAUGCCUCGAAUCCAUUAAAAAUUAUCCUUCGAAAAUUAAGCUGUUAUCGUCUAACAACAAACUUAUAUCGAUCGGCAAACAGUCAGGAGCUAUUGACGUCCUGGACCCCAACUCUAGUAGCAUAAUCAAGUCAUUUUCAGGACACUCGGGAACCAUAUCAGGUAUGGAUUCUCGUGGUUAUACUUUAGUCACAGUUGGCAAGUCAAGAAGAUUCAACAGUAUGUAUGCAGAUCCUUUCGUGAACAUCUACGAUUUGAGAACUAUGCAGCAGCUACCCCCUGUCUCGUUUUCUAAGGGUACAACUAUGGGUGCCGGAGGUGCUGAUUUUGUUCAGCUUCAUCCUUUGCUUCCAACAGUAAUGGUGGUGGCAUCUGAGUCUGGCUCAUUCGAUUUCGUCGAUCUGGUAAACCCUACAUUGAGAACACAGUAUGUUCAUCCCUGCCAAUCCAUAAAGGAUGCGGUAUUGUCACCUAACGGAGAACAUUUAGCCUUUGUUGGAAACGAUAAUCUCUUAACUACAUGGACAAGAUCGAAGGACACGCCUUCUUUCACGAGCACGCCAGAAGUUUGGGAGUAUCCAGACUAUGUCGAUGACGGAAUGCUUCCAAAGACUACUUCUGUAGAUGAUUAUGAUUAUCCAUUGAGCAGCGUUGGGAUGCCCUACUAUAGCCAGAAACUUUUAUCCGCAUGGAACAGCGUCGUCUUCAGAAGCCCUGGUUCAGUGCCUUUACCGAUCGAUGCCAGCAUAAUGGCAUCCACACCAAAACCCAGUAGGAAAAGUGAUUCUGGCAGCCUUCGAAAGUAUGUCACUGCUCGUUAUGAUAGGCAAAAGUAUGGGCACAGAAACACUGUACCACCUUACAUAAGCCUGAAAGACGUGCGAAAGAAGAUUGCAUCCGGAACGGUGCCUGAUGACAUAUUGAGAUAUAAGCCCAACAAAGAAGGAGAGGUUCCUCCAGCAUACGGUAAAUUGCAGUUGAGUCACGGUCGCUAUGGAUCAGACAAUUUCGAUUUCCAAGCAUUUAAUCAGACACCGUUCUCCACAUUGGACACAGACGGUGACAAUACUUACACCAACGCUAUAUUGCAACUAUAUCGCUUUGUCCCUGAGUUGUUCAAUUUUGUCGUUGGGUGCUUAAAAGAUGAAAAUUUCCAAUCUAACUCUUUGUUAACUGAAGUGGGAUAUUUAUAUGAUAUGAUGGACAGAUCAAAGGGUACAGUGUGUCGAUCGACCAAUUUUCAAUCAUCGCUGAACUCUUUGGAGGAGGCGAAUCAGCUUGGACUCACAAAUGAGCUUCCUAGCGAUCUUCAAAUGCUCAAAAAAUCGAUUUUAGCAGAAGAGAAGUUAUCUUCCAGUCCUGAGAAGCUGCAAAAAGGGUUGGCACAGAAAUUCAAUGAAUUUUUACUGGCGCGUCUGAUUCAUGAAGAACGUCACAAAGACAAGCCUAGCGCAGCUCUUGAGGAUCUUUUUGGUUUCCAUCUAGAUUCGGUGGUACGCUCCAACUCUAGCCAAUUUGAGAAAUCUUCAAGCGUUGUUCCGACCUUGACGGUUUUAUCUCCUGCUAGAAACGGCUCCAAGUUUGGGAGCAAACGACUUAAUAACCAAACCAUCCUACCUUAUCUCGAAUCAUCAAUGAAAAGGGUCAAGCACAUUGCUGGUAGCAAACAGGAGAUCUUAGGAUAUGAGAGAACCAUUAGAAACUUACCUGCAGUAUUAUCACUGGACAUCCUUCUUUCGGAAUCCGAGUGGAACAUUGUGAAAUCUGUUCGUAAUUGGCUUUCAAAGGAUUUUUUUGCAACAAUCUCUAAAGACAAGGCAUUGAUUCAACCAAGCUUGGCAGAUCUGAAAGGCAACGCUCCAAUAUUCAAGUACCAGCUAAACGGUUAUGUCGCUCAAAUCACUGAUAACAAUUGCGAGACGCGUCUGGUAACGUAUGCUCGUAAGUUCGAUGCCAAGUCUGAGCAGUUCAAGUGGUACAUGUUCAAUGGGUACUUGGCGGUCGAAAUAGAAGAAGAGGAAGCCCUCAACAUCUCGUACUGGUGGAAGAAGGUGGAGACUGUAAUAUACUGUGACGCAGAAGAGAUACGAAAACCAUUCUUUUCUGUGGAUACAUAUCCCAUUAAUUACGAAAUAUUAUUUCGAGAUCAUUUCGCUAAUAAGCUUAGGGAAUCGGCAAAGGUAGAGUAUCAAUUGCUUACAAAGGAAGAGGCGCCGCAGCCUGGAACUAUGGUUGCCAUUGAUGCUGAAUUCGUGAUUUUGAAUGAAGAGUUGAGUGAUAUUGAUUGUCAUGGUGUCAAGACAAUCGUUAAGCCCAAAAAAACGGCUCUGGCCAGGCUGUCGGCAAUCAGAUGCGCUAAAGGGCAAUCCUUUGGCAUACCAUUUAUUGAUGAUUACAUUUUCAACAAGGACCAUAUUGAAGACUACGUGACGAGGUAUAGCGGAAUAUCUCCCGGUGAUCUUGACUUAGACUUGAGUACAAAACCAUUAGUUUCGAGAGAAGUUACCUACAGGAAAGUCUGGCUCCUGAUGCAAUUGGGAUGCGUGUUUAUCGGGCAUGGGUUAAGUAACGAUUUCAAGCACAUUAAUAUCAAUAUACCUCCCAAACAGAUAAGAGACACGGCAAUAUACUUCUUGCGGGGGAAGCGGUAUUUGUCAUUAAGGUAUCUGGCCUUCGCCCUUCUAGAUAGAAACAUCCAAGAGGGAAAUCAUGACUCGAUAGAAGACGCAUACACUGCGUUGAUAUUAUAUCAGAAGUACCUAGAUCUUGAAAGGGAUGGUACCUUAGAACAUGUGCUAGAUAAAAUAUACUCAGAAGGAAGAGCGCUGAAUUAUCGAGUACCGUUCUAG